AUGGCGGAGAAAGUCGCAGAGACCAAUCCGUUCCUCAGACGUCCGCUCUAUGUCUAUGACCUGCCCACCGAACUGCUAUUCAGUCUAGCCUUUGUCGGUGGACCAGAGCCUCACCACCAAGAGCCAGAACAACCAGUUGAAACGCCUUCACGUACGACUGCUGACGAUGGGGUCUCUGGGUCCACCUCAUGUACUCUUUGCAAAGUUUCUUUCUCCUCGGUGCAAGAUCAAAGACAACAUGUCAAAUCAGACUUUCAUCGUUAUAACCUCAAGUUGAGCGUCAAGCAGAUGGCCCCCAUAGAUGAAGCAACUUUUAUCCAGAUGAUUGGUGACCUGGACGAGUCCUUGUCUGGCUCCGAAUCCGACAGCUCUGAUGAUGAUGGCGGCGAAGACCAAGGAAAGCCCGGAGAGAGCACAUUGGCAACCCUUCUGAAAAAGCAGGCGAAAUUACACCAUGACAAUACGGAAGAAGAUGAGACUCGCAUAAAGAAAAAGGGGGCUGGAAAUGCACCCAUGUUCUGGAUGUCCAGCCCAAAACUAGGAGAGGAUCUUGGUCUUGGAAUCUACAAGGCUAUUCUGUCGCACUCGGACCAAGAGGGCGCCGCUUCGUCUUUAGUAGAGGUCAUCAAGGGCAAACAGCUGAAGCCGACGAUAGCCAAACAAAGCGGUGCGUCAAAGGCCUCGCAGCCCGGUCAUAGCGAUCCGCAUUUCUUUUUGUGCAUGAUUGGAGGGGGUCACUUUGCGGCCAUGAUCGUGUCGCUUGUUCCAGAGCUGAGAAAGGGUCCUGGUGGUGCAGAAGAACGUCAUGCUGUUGUGCAGGCUCACAAAACAUUCCAUCGAUAUACGACGAGGCGCAAACAGGGUGGAUCACAAUCAGCAAACGACAAUGCCAAGGGCAAUGCUCACUCGGCAGGAUCUUCGAUACGAAGGUACAAUGAAAUGGCUCUGGAGGCUGAUGUCAGGAAAGUGCUGUCUGAAUGGAAACGUUUGAUCGACACUGCGGAACUCCUUUUCAUUCGUGCGACAGGCACAACAAAUCGAAGGACUCUCUUCGGACCAUACGAUGGUCAAGUUCUGCGCACCAGUGACAAACGACUACGAGGUUUUCCUUUCAGUACCCGCCGGGCCACCCAGGCCGAGCUCCUGCGCUCUUUCCAGGAACUUACUAGGUUGAAAGUCGGCAAACUUGUUGAGCCUGAACUGGAAGAUAAACCUGCAGCUCAAACUGCUCCCAAGGAACCAAAACCCAAGCCUACUGCGCCCAAGCUAACAGAGCAAGAAGAAGCUGCACAGCUACACACAAAUCAACUUCAAGCUCUCAUCCGGAGGUCGAAAGCCCCGGGCGUCCUGAGUUACCUUACUAAGAAUCAAUUGUCACCUGAGUUCACUUUCUGGCCUGCGUCGGAUCACUAUCAUGCUCCAACGCCACUCCACCUGUCCGCCUCUACAAACUCUCCAGCUCUCGUGCUGGCACUCCUGACGAAGGCCAAGGCCGACCCGACCGUAUCAAACGGUGACGGCAAAACACCCUACGAUAUUUCCGGAGAUACUAAGACUAGAGAUGCUUUCCGUGUAGCACGGCACCAACUCGGCGAAGCUGCAUGUGACUGGGCAAAGUCACACAUACCCGUAGGAAUCAGCCAAGAGGAAGCAGACGUAAAGUCACAGCAGGACAAAUCAACAUCGGAUGCUGCAGAGUUACAGCGUCGCAAAGCGGAUCUAGAACGCAUUCAUCAAGAGGAAGAGCAAAGAAGCGCCGGCAGGAUGGAGCGCAAGGCUGGAUUUGGCAAGACUCUAGCCGAGAAAACAGGCGCGGAGCGGCGAGAGGAGGAGACUAGAGGCUUGACCCCCGAAUUGAGGAUGAAAUUGGAGAGAGAGAGGAGAGCAAGGGCCGCGGAAGAGAGAUUCAAACGGAUGCAAGAUGCCAAGUGA